CUACCUAGUUGCUGCUGUCAGCCUUCAAUGCUUGUGGAGCCUCUCUUUGGCGAUUGCUGAUGUAUAUGCCAUUUUAGUAAAGCGCGGCUUCCGAAAUUCCAGAGUUUCCAGCUUAUUCUCUAUUGGCGACGGGAUUACUUCAACACUCACAUUUUCUGCUGCCUGUGCUUCUGCUGGCAUCACAGUCCUAAUUGGCAAUGAUCUGAAUGAUUGUUCACAGAACCAUUGCAGCCGGUUUGAGACAGCAACAGCCAUGGCAUUCAUGAGUUGGUUUGCUGCUUCGCCCUCGUUUAUUUUGAAUUUUUGGACGCUGGCAUCCAAAUAGAAGUAUCAAGGAGAGCUUUUAGUCAUACAUAUUUGCUUAAAUUAUGUGUACUGAAGUCCCUAGUUGUUGCAUAUCAUAUAUUCAAGGGCUUGUUUUUUUAAUCCAUUGAAGCAUUUCCACUCUUUUAAGGCACAAGCUUGUAAACUUUAGUGUAGAUGUUAUAUAUUUUAAACGACGAAAUCUUAGUUUUGCAGUCAAAUUAUGUCUUGUGGCACAAAAUGAAGUGUUUUACCUCAAGAGUUAUACAGCACAGUAAUAAUAGGACAGAGAUUAUGGAAUA